AUGGAAUUUAAAGUCCAGGUCAAGCGACGGAUCAGGUGCAUCGUGGAGGAUCUCGAGAACAUCUUGGGAGACCUGAAGGAUGUGGCGAAGGAACUCAAAGAGGUGGUUGAGGAGAUCGACUGCCUGACGUCUGAUCUCCGUCUGGAGGAGGAUCUGACGGACAGCUCCAAGACGGACACGCUCAACAGCAGCUCCAGCAGCACCACCACGGCCUCCAGCGUCAAGAUCUACCCCGAGGAGACGCUCUUCAGACCGCCAGCCGUCCUCACCGUCCUGAAGAGACCCACGCCGCCAGUUCCUCCGCUCCGGAGCACUCCGUCCAGAGCCGAGGAGAUCCCGCUGAUGCAGAACGGAGCGCCCAGCAGAGACUCUGCGAAGAGCCUCGGCGAGAGCCGCUGUCCUCAGACCACGAGAGAGCGAGUGCGCUUCAGCGAGAAGGUGCAGUAUCACGGCUACUGCCCAGACUGUGACACGAACAGCACAGAGCUGCACUUACACACCGAGCUGAUCGACACCAAACCCAGCCCCGUCCAUCAGUGCUCCGAGAACGGCGUCCUCGCUUUCCCCUCGCAGAAACCACACAAGACCAUUUUACGCAAGUCCACCAGCACCACCGUUUGACGCAGACCGAGGCUGAACGAACUUCUCUUUAUAGUUUCCUUUUGUUUGGAGAGGAGACAGAAGGAGAGUGUUGAACGCUCACCUUCAUCUCAUCACGCUCGCCUCGCCUCGCCUCGCCGUUCCUGACAGAAAGAGGUGUUCUUCACAGCGGAGCCAGAGCAGUUGAUCACAUCACCCUUUAAAGAAAAGAAACCAAAAACGACUAACAAUCCACCGCGAAAGACACAUUCAGUCCAACGCUGCCAGAGAAUCAGAAGUUUGUAAAGGACCUUCUGUGUUUUUGUAAAGAAAGCCUUCAAAUACAAGAAGCAUAUUUUUGAUAUUUUCUAAGAUGAUUUUAAAGAUGUCACACAGUAUAUGAUGGAAAAUGUAUUUAUGUACUGAUUAAAAAAC